GAUCGAUCGGUCAGAUUAGAAACUUUCGAGAGAGAAUCAUGGCGGCGAUGAGCAUGAAGACGAUGAUGGCGCUAGCGCCGCUCUUGUGCCUGGCCGUGGCCGUGUCGCUGGGCGGCGUGGAGGCGAGGAAGCACCCCGGGAAGGAGACCCUGGGGUACUACGAGCUGCGCAGGGGCGAGUUCUCCAUGGUGGUCACCAACUGGGGCGCCACCAUCCUCUCCGUCAGGCUCCCCGACAAGAACGGGCGCAUCGACGACGUCGUUCUUGGGUACAAGACCAUCGGAGGCUACGUGAAUGACACCACCUACUUCGGCGCGCUGGUGGGGCGGGUGGCGAACCGGAUCGCCGGCGGGCGGUUCACGAUCAAGAACCACCCCUACCACACCUACACGAACGACGGCAACAACACGCUCCACGGCGGCCACCGCGGGUUCAACCAGGUGUUCUGGUCGGUGCGGGAGCGGGCCACCGGCGCCUUCCCCUACAUCACCUUCUACUACCGCAGCGGCGACGGCGAGGAGGGCUUCCCGGGCGCGUUGGACGUGCUCGUCACCUACAAGAUCGACGGCGACUACUCGUACAGCGUCACCAUGUACGCCCGGCCCGUGGACAAGCCGACGCCCGUGAACCUGGCGCAGCACACGUACUGGAACCUGCGCGGGCACGGGCGGGGCACCAUCCUCGAUCACUCCGUCCAGAUCUUCGCGUCCGCCGUCACCCCCGUCGGCGGCGACCUCAUCCCUACGGGCGCCGUCACGCCCGUCGCCGGCACGCCCUUCGACUUCCGCGCCCCGACGGCGCCCGGCGCGCGCAUCGCGGAGGUGGAGGGGGGCUACGACAUCAACUACGUCCUGGACGGGCGCGACGCGGACGGGCAGGGGGUGCGCAAGGUGGCGGUGGUGAGCGAGGCCACGUCCGGGCGGGUGAUGGAGCUGUGGGGCGACCAGCCCGGCGUGCAGUUCUAUACCGGCAACUUCCUCAAGGGCGACGAGGGCAAGGGCGGCGCCGUGUACGAGAAGCACGGAGGGCUGUGCCUGGAGACGCAGGACUUCCCCGACGCCGUGCACAACCCCAAGUUCCCCACCGAGAUCUACCGCGCGGGCCAGGUGUACAAGCACUACAUGCUCUACAAGUUCUCGAUCGCCGGCAAGUAGCCGGGAUCCGAUCCGGCCGGCAACAAGUUUUCGAUGUUAGUACGUAGUGUACUACGUAGCAGUAGCUAGAGAGGAUACUUGACUUGAUCAUGCAUGUUGCCGGUGGAAUAAAUAAACAUUACGUUACGGCCGGUGAGGGCCCCCUCA